AUGACACUUGCAGAAGACGUGAACAAGAUCUCGACUUUUGUCUCUCACGAGCAAGUACGACUCACCUCCGAUGCAAAAGAAACUCAACAUUACGACACCAUCGUGCUUUGCGUCAGCGCCAUCUUCCACUGCGCAGAAACACUCUUCCAUGCUCUCCAACAAAGAGGUUCAGACCUCACAUCUACAGUAGUCCUCUGCGGUGGCAUAGGACACUCAACGCCACACCUUUACAGCGCAGUGGCAAAGAACCCUCGCUAUGCUCAUCUCGCUAAACAAAUCAACGGGCUGCCAGAAGCCCAAGUAAUGGAGAAGAUCCUCGAUGCCUGCUUCUCUGGAGACAAGGUCCGAGACUCUGGUGUGAAGGUGCUGGUGGAGGAUAAAAGCACCAAUUGUGGUGCCAAUGCUACAGAGACGAAGAAGUUGUUGCAGAAGCACGGCCUACUACUGGCAUCUGGAAGCAAUGUUUUGAUCAUUCAAGAUCCGACCAUGAGUCUGAGGACGAAAAUGUCGUUUGAAAAGGCAUUUGAAGGCGAUGAGGUGGUGUUUGAGGCGUGUCCUACUUUCGUGCCUAAAGUUACAGAGCAGGAAGGAACAUUGAGGUUCGAGGAGGGAGAAGGCGUCACGGAAGGUGAAUUAUGGGACAUGGAUAGAUUUUUGGGGUUGAUCUUGGGAGAAAUUGUCAGAUUGAAGGACGACGAGACGGGCUAUGGACCAAGAGGAAAAGGCUUCAUCGGGCAUGUCGAUGUGCCUGACGCAGUGUUGGAGGCGUAUGCGCGACUGGAGAAGUCUGUCCAGGCGAAGAGAUAG